GGGAAGUAUCGCGAGAAGAAGGAGUGUGCGUAGCUAGCAGGAGUCACUAUGGUGACGGGGAGGUCGGGAGGUUUCUUGGUAACUGGUCCUAGCUCUGUGGGAGCAAUCGCCACUGCUUUCCUGGAACUUAAGAGCACAAGCAGGGUUAACAGCAAGCAGAGGGAAGAGAAGCAGGCACCCCUCUGAGCAGCGAGCCCAAUGCGGGACUUCAUCCCAGGACCCUUGCAAUCAUGACCUGAGGCAGAGGCAGCUGCUUAACCCACUGACCCACCCAGGCCUGUGCAACCACAAGAAAGGAAUUACCAUUUACUGACAUUGAAGCACCAAUUUGUCUGCCUUUAUUGUUUUAAAAUCCUUAUAAGCUUGGUAAAUUUGAAUCAUUGUGGAAAAAAAGCAGGAUUUUAUAUACAAUACAGUGAUUCAGCAAUUCUGUACACGUGAAUACAAUCAAAUUGCAUUUUAAAAUUUUGCUGAAAGUGGAGACAUGAGACUGAAGAUAUCUCUUUUAAAAGAACCAAAACAUCAAGAAUUAGUAAGCUGUGUGGGCUGGACUACGGCUGAAGAACUGUAUUCAUGUAGUGAUGAUCACCAGAUAGUGAAGUGGAACUUGUUAACCAGUGAAACAAGUCAAAUAGUAAAGCUUCCUGAUGAUAUUUACCCAAUAGAUCUUCACUGGUUUCCAAAAAGUUUAGGCAUAAAGAAACAAACUCAAGCAGAAAGCUUUGUCCUCACAAGUUCUGAUGGUAAAUUUCAUCUGAUUUCUAAGUUAGGAAGAGUGGAAAAAAGUGUAGAAGCUCACUGUGGAGCAGUUCUUGCAGGAAGAUGGAAUUAUGAAGGAACAGCAUUAGUUACAGUUGGAGAAGAUGGACAAAUAAAAAUCUGGUCAAAGACUGGGAUGCUGAGAUCAACUUUAGCUCAGCAAGGAACACCAGUAUAUUCAGUAGCAUGGGGCCCUGAUUCAGAAAAAGUUCUUUACACGGCAGGCAAGCAGCUGAUCAUUAAACCUCUUCAACCAAAUGCUAAAGUUUUACAGUGGAAAGCUCAUGAUGGCAUUAUUCUAAAAGUAGAUUGGAACUCUGUCAAUGAUUUGAUUUUGUCUGCUGGUGAGGAUUGUAAAUAUAAGGUAUGGGAUAGUUAUGGCCGCCCUUUGUACAAUUCACAACCUCACGAGCAUCCUAUUACCUCAGUUGCCUGGGCUCCAGAUGGAGAGUUAUUUGCUGUCGGAUCGUUUCAUACUUUACGCUUGUGUGAUAAAACUGGGUGGUCAUAUGCCUUAGAAAAGCCCAACACUGGCAGCAUAUUUAACAUCGCAUGGUCAAUUGACGGCACUCAGAUUGCUGGAGCCUGUGGAAAUGGGCAUGUUGUUUUUGCACAUGUGGUGGAACAACGCUGGGAGUGGAAAAAUUUUCAAGUAACAUUAACUAAACGAAGAACCAUGCAGGUUCGCAAUGUUCUUAAUGAUGCAGUGGAUUUACUGGAAUUCCGUGAUAGAGUCAUUAAAGCAUCUCUGAACUACGCACACUUAGUUGUUUCAACGUCUCUUCAAUGUUAUGUGUUCUCUACGAAGAACUGGAAUACGCCACUUAUAUUUGAUCUUAAAGAAGGAACUGUUAGUUUAAUUCUGCAGGCAGAAAGACAUUUUCUUCUUGUAGAUGGUGGUGGUAUCUAUUUAUAUUCUUAUGAAGGCCGCUUCAUUUCUUCUCCAAAAUUUCCUGGAAUGAGAACAGAUAUUCUGAAUGCACAGACUGUUUCUCUGAGUAAUGAUACCAUUGCAAUAAAAGACAAAGCUGAUGAAAAAAUAAUCUUCCUUUUUGAGGCAUCAACUGGAAAACCAUUAGGCGAUGGGAAACUUCUUUCUCAUAAGAAUGAAAUUUUGGAAAUUGCUCUGGAUCAAAAGGGACUUACCAAUGAUAGAAAAAUUGCCUUCAUUGAUAAAAAUAGAGAUCUCUAUAUCACUUCAGUGAAACGAUUUGGGAAGGAAGAACAAAUUAUCAAACUUGGAACAAUGGUGCAUACUUUGGCCUGGAGUGAUACAUGUAAUAUCCUUUGUGGACUUCAAGAUACUCGAUUUACAGUGUGGUAUUACCCCAAUACGGUUUAUGUGGACAGAGACAUUUUGCCUAAAACAUUAUUUGAAAGGGAUGCAAGUGAAUUUAGUAAAAAUCCCCAUAUUGUGAGUUUUGUUGGAAAUCAAGUAACUAUAAGAAGAGCUGAUGGCUCACUGGUUCACAUCAGCAUAUCACCAUAUCCUGCUAUUCUCCAUGAAUAUGUAAGCAGUUCAAAAUGGGAAGAUGCUGUAAGACUUUGUCGCUUUGUUAAGGAGCAAACCAUGUGGGCUUGCCUAGCUGCUAUGGCAGUUGCUAACAGAGAUAUGACCACUGCAGAAAUAGCCUACGCAGCAAUUGGUGAAAUUGAUAAGGUUCAGUACAUUAAUUCUAUAAAAAAGCUUCCAUCUAAAGAAUCAAAAAUGGCUCACAUAUUAAUGCUUAGUGGGAAUAUACAGGAGGCUGAAAUGAUACUUCUUCAGGCUGGCCUUGUUUAUCAAGCAAUCCAGAUCAAUAUCAAUCUCUAUAACUGGGAAAGGGCACUUGAAUUGGCUGUAAAAUACAAAACACAUGUUGAUACAGUUCUUGCUUACCGUCAAAAGUUUUUGGAGACAUUUGGUAAACAGGAAACUAAUAAACGAUAUUUGCAGUAUGCAGAAGGUCUCCAAAUAGAUUGGGAGAAAGUCAGAGCCAAAAUUGAGAUGGAAAUUACUAAAGAACGAGAGCGAUCAUCCAGCAGCCAGUCCGGCAAGAAUAUAGGUCUAAGGCACUAAAUUUCUUGCUUACCUCGAAGAAGUUUUACCUUUUGAAACUAAUUCUGAUUAAUCAAGGAUUAUCAUAUUUUCAGUGCUAAAAAAAAGGCAGUAUCUUUAAGUAUAAGCACUUGCUAUGCAAUACUAAAAGUACAUUCAAAAAGACUAAUCACAAAGUAAUUGACAUAAUUUCAUCUUUUAUAUAUUUUAGUCCAAUAAUUAGCAAAAUAUUCUUAUAUGUUUAUGUAGUGUUGCUUACAUUCCAGUUUUUUGUCUAUUAUUUUAUCCCUGAAUCUUCAGCAUGAACAAAUAUUAAUUCUGAUAAUAAAACAUUGGACUCUUAAAAAUGUACAUUAUCAUUAAUUUUUAUUCAACCUCUAAAUUAUAAGAUGUUCCAAAAGUUAAUUUAUACAAGAAAAAUACAUGAGGAUGGAUUUAUGAAAAUGUAUGUAUAUUUGUACAUCAGUGUUCAUAGCAGGAUAAUUCACAGUAGCAAAAACAUGGAGAAAAAAGAUGUCUAUCACCAGAUGAAUAGAUAAACAAAAUGUGGUAGAGACAUACAGUGGAAUACUAUUCAGCCUUUAAAAGGAAGGGAAUUCUGACACAUGCUACAACAUGGAUGAACCUUGAAAAUACUGUGCGAAGUGAAAUAAACCAAAUAUGACCCCACUUAUAUGAGGUGCCUACAGUAGGGAAGUUCAUUGAGACAGAAGAAAUAGUGGUUGCCAGUCUCUGGGGGAGGUGGAAAUGCGGCGUUAUUGUUUAAUGAGUACAGAAUUCCAGUUUGGGAUGAAUGAGGUCUAGAAAUGGUAAUGAUGGUUGCACAGCACCAUGGAUAUACUUAAUGCCACUGAAUCAUACACUUAAAAAUGAUUAAAAUGGUAAAUUUUGUUCUUACCAUUAUUUUAGAAAUAUAUCUAAAAUAGGCAAAAAAUUUUUCCUCAUUCCUUUUCUGACUUGAGAAUGUUCAGGCACUAGGUCCUGGAGUCUGAAUUUGUGAAAAUCUUAAAUGAUAAACCUUUUUGUCUACCUUAAUUCAGUAUGUCCUAAAAUUAUUGCCACAAAAGCUUUUGAUCACUAACAUGAAAACUCUUUAGAAAAAGUCCUCCAUGAAGUAAAUUUUGGAAAGGUAGAUUAUAGACUGGAUAUAUGCAUAUGCAUUAGAACGUGAUUACCUUGGGAUGCCUGGGUGGCUCAGUUGGUUGAGCGGCUGCCUUCGGCUCAGGUCAUGAUCCUGGGGUCCUAGGAUCGAGUCCCGCAUCAGGCUCUUCGCAGAGCCUGCUUCUCUCCCUUUCCCUGCUUGUGCCCUCUCUCUGUCUCUGUCAAAUAAAUAAAUAAAAAUCUUAAAAAGAAAGAAAAAGAAAGUGAUUACCUCUCUCACCCCCAUUUUAAUGAAUAUAUUUAGAUUUCUUUUAUGAAAAUAUUUCUUUUCAGCGUAUUUUCUUUUUUUUUUUUUUAAAGAUUUUAUUUAUUUAUUUGACAGGCAGAGAUUACAAGUAGGCUGAGAAACAGGCAGAGAGCGAAAAGGAGGAAGCAGGCUCCCUGCUGAGCAGAGAGUCCGAUGCAGGGCUAGAUCCCAAGACCCUGGGAUCAUGACCUGAGCUGAAGGCAGAGGCUUUAACCCACUGAGCCACCCAGGUGCCCCAGCAUAUUUCUUUUCUUUACUGGAAUGUGCAAUGUUCUGUUCUUCAUCCAGCUGCUGGGUGUAAGAGUGAGUUCAGUUUGUGAGAUAUGAUUGAGCAGUUUUCUUAUAAGUUGUAUUUAUUUAUACGUUUUAUAUUGUUAUAUUCCAAUAAAGAGUUUAAAAAGAAAAA